AACAGUGUUCCGUUUCACGAAUGGCCGGGUUUACCGUACUAGUGCUGUGUAAAAUAUAAUUUUAAACCCUAUUCAAUACAAAACGAUUUUUAGUGGAUUAAUUUUACUGCCAGAAGUAGUAACUAAGAAGCUGAAAUACAAGUGUUCAGUCAAACCUCGAUUCAGCAGUGUGAGUUACAUAACUGCGCGCCGUGGUCUGAUCGGCAGUGAAGUCUAUCGUGGUGGGCAGCAAAUCAAGUGGAACUUCCGAUGCAUUUCGUAAUUGCAUCCCAGGAUUUUCGCAUUUCCGUGGUGCAUCAAUGUAGGAAAUGAAUGAGCAUAUUUUACUAAGCUCCGCAAAUACAGCAACGUUUGUGAAAACAGAUGGUGCGCAAAUACUACUUGUCUAGGGUUGGCGAAUGAACAAUAAACAACGGGGCUUUUACUGAUAAGAUAACAGAAAUUGAACGAGUUGAUAUAACUAGUGACGAGUGAAAACUUGCUAGUCGGUCACUACACUACAGUAUUUGCCAUUAGCAACACGCAAAAUGCUACGAUUAAGUAAAAAAUUAUUUUUGAUUCAUCCGCUUGAACAACGGACACUAGCCGCUGGGAGUGUGAGAAAGUUGAGUUCUGGACGGAGGAAAGAUGAUGAACGAAGUUACAAACCAGAAGAAGUGGAAGCCAAUUUGGUAAACCCGGUAUCACGGACGAUGAAAAUUCUGGGCAAUGACAUGAAGAAGAUUAAAAACUUUAUUUUGCCCAAGAAAGAUGCGCCGGAGGAUGUGGAUAACUACUUGGAGCGAUAUCGCAGGGAGGACUUCCAAAGCCACUGUGACGUGUUAAUCAUUGGCGGCGGUGGAGUUGGAUCAUCCAUAGCCUAUUGGUUGAAGAAGCGAGCGCGGACUGGAUUGAAUGUGGUAGUGGUGGAAAAAGAUCCCACUUAUCAGCAAGCCUCCACCUGUUUGUCGGUUGGUGGAUUGAGACAGCAGUUUUCAAUCGUUGAAAACAUCCAGAUGAGUUUGUACGGGGCUGAUUUCAUGAGGAACAUAAAAGAACAUCUAGGAGACGAUGUAGCGGUGAAUUUCACUCCCUAUGGCUAUUUGAUGCUUGCGUCGGAACAGGGAGCCGAGCAGUUGAUGGAGAAUUCUCGAUUGCAGAACACGUUGGGCGCCAGGAAUGAGAUUUUGACGGCUGCCAAGCUGAAGGAGAGAUUUCCGUGGAUUAACACUGAGGGGAUAGCACUUGGGUGUCAUGGGCUGGAAAAAGAAGGAUGGUUCGAUCCGUGGGCGUUGCUAUCGGGGUUCAAGAAGCGUGCCAUAGAGUAUGGCGCUCACUACACCGAGGCCGAAUUGGUUGGAUUCGAAUUCAGCAAGCAACAGGAUAUCCUUGUCGAAGGUAUUAAUCCAGGAGAGUACGAAGGACUCGAGAAAGCAUACCUCAAAAUGAAGAACGGAGAAAUUCGGGAUGUGAAGUUUUCAAUUGUCAUCAUUGCAACCGGUGCCCAAUCCGGGAAAGUGGCCAAACUGGCGCGCAUUGGAACCGGGAAGGGAAUGCUUUCAAUACCUCUUCCAGUGGAACCGAGAAAACGAUUCGUCUAUGUGUUCCAGUGUCAAAACGAUAGCGGACCGGGAAUCAAUACCCCACUAACGAUCGACCCCACCGGAACCUACUUCCGGCGGGAUGGCUUGGGAGGUAAUUAUCUCGGCGGUAAAAGUCCACUGCCCUCGGAGGAGCCGCCGGUGGAUAAUUUGGACGUUGAUUACAACUACUUCGAUAGCAACGUGUGGCCAAAUCUGGCCAAAUUGGUUCCCGAUUUUGAAGCCGUCAAGGUGAAAAGUGCGUGGGCAGGAUUCUACGAGUACAACACCUUCGACGAAAACGGCAUCAUCGGUCCCCAUCCGUAUUACAACAAUUUGUACAUAGCAACCGGAUUCAGCGGACAUGGUAUUCAACAAACGCCAGCCGUUGGGCGGGCCAUUUCGGAGAUGAUCAUAGAUGGCGAAUGCCGAACGAUUGACCUGACGAGGUUUGGUUUCGAUCGAAUUCUGGUGGAUCAACCCCUCUUUGAGGCUAACAUCGUGUGACGUGGAAUCUUCUGUCUAGAUAAAAAGCAAAUCUAUCAUAAUUAACAAAAUGAGAUGCAAAUUUGAAAAGAUACAAAUGAAAAAAAUCUAACGAGAAGUCUGAAGAAAAUUGGAAAAUAAUCGUUGAAGACGCAUGAAUCGAUCGGUAAAUCUUUUAGUUUUGCCAAUACGAUCAAUUUUUAAUUUUCGUUUUAACUCCA